AUGCCAGAAAAUAGCGAAAAAGCUGACAUUAAAGGGAAGGGACGAGUCACAGAAGACUUUAUUCCAGAUAUCGAAGAUGUUGAAGACGAAGGUGAUUUUGAAGAAUUGAGUUCAUCAGACGAGGAUCCCUCUGAAGCCUCAAUGGAUGAAGAUGAAGAAGGAUUUGCAGAUGAACCUGAAGAUCUGACCGCUAUCGAUCCCACCAACAUUACUUGUUCCUCCAGAACACGAAACAAAAAGAUAGAUUUUUCUAAAGCACUCCAAGAAGACGAUGGUUUAGAAAAUGAUGAAGAAGACGAGGAUUAUGUUCCUCAAGAGGAUACGGUAUAA